AUGUCCAACAGCUCCAAGAGGAGCGCGAGGGUCGCACACGUCGAGGAUGCCCGGGAGGACGACUCCAACAGCUCCCUCGAGGGGAUUGAAAGCACCCGCAGGUAUGCCGUCUCUGAGGCUCCUGGCAAGGAGCGCCCCAACACCGGCAAAUCACGCGCCGAUAAGCGACCGCCCGUUUCGAGGUCCCCGUCGUCCUCCGCCGGCGCAGGUCUAAUGGACGAGUCGUCCGACUCUACGGCCCGCUCCUCCGAGAGGGCACCAGACUCGAGACGGCGAUCCGCGAGGAGGGACACAAUCGAUCCAGAUGGUCGAGAUCAAUACCGUGAGGAGAGGAGGCGAGAGCGGCGGGCCAAGGAGGAAGAGGCCGACAGACGAGCCAAGGCGGCCGCUGUUGCUGCCAAAGAGCGAGAGGCAAAGGCACGUCAGAAAACCAGGCCACCUGGCCCAAAGCACUCGGCCACGCAACCCGUCGUCCAGCAACCCGGGUACAUGAGAGGUCGCGUCGAGGACCCAGCAUUCUAUGGCGUGAAGCAGCCUGCCUCUUCAGGUGGCCGACCUCGAGCCAAGACACGGCCGGCAACCUUCUACGCAGGCCAACCCGCUGGACCCCAGAUGAUGCCGCCCGGCGGCUUUCGUCCCGGAGCGGGCCAUCCGCCGCCUUUUCCGGUUGGAAGCUUCCCGCCGCCUCCUCCCAUGUGGUCAGGCGCCGCAGGUUCGCCAGGCGGCUUUGGACCACCACCACCCUCGCCGGCUGGGCCACCUCCAGCUGCCUACUUUGACCAGCACAGCCACUUGAAACAGCGCUUCGAUCCGCGUCCCUCGUCCGCCAUGGGAUACCAGCGGCCGCCGCAGGCAUUGGAAUAUCAUCAUGACGACUACGCCGACGAAACGGCCCCACGAGUUAGUCGGCGGCCAUCCCGUUCCAAAAAGCUCGAUGAAGAUUCCAGACGGAUGCCACCGCCAAGCUAUAUCCCACCCCGGCCUCAGUCGGCGAUGCCGCCACCCACGACGCCGUUUCGACCUCCGCCUCAUCGGCCCCCUUCGCGACAGACUCACUCUCGGCCACCGCCUUCGAACAGGAGGUCGCUGGGCUUUGAAGAACCCGUCUACCACGACCCUGAGUACUACGAUGACGACGAUGACGACGAUGGUGGGCUGUUCCAGAUUUCGCCCAACGCAUCGUAUGACCAGCGUCGAGCCGUCGUUCCUCGUGCGAGGCGUGCGUCUAUGGUGUACGACCAGGCCGAUUACGAGAUCGUCCCGGCUGGAAAUCGCACUCGUCGUUCGUCCAUGUAUACUCCUGGCGGAUUGGCCUCGGGAGGGGCGAGUCUCGGGAAUAGCAAGCUGAGCGCGGCGAAGAAGUACCAGGACGAGGUUAGCGGCGGGUCACAGAUGCCACUGACGGCCGAGACGCUCCGGAAAGUGAUGAAGCGAGGCGGCGUGCCAAGUAGCCGAUCGACACGCAGCAGCGACAGCCGAGACGACAGCGAAUACAAGCGCAGCAACACGACUGGACUCACGCAAUCGUCGUACGGCGGCAAUGAGGAAAUCACUAUCAAGGUCCCUGGCAACACUGUUGUGCGAUUUCAAGGCGCUGAGAUCGAAUGCAGCCACGAAGGCGGCGAGAUUACCUGGUCAAGUCGUCCGACGGGCUCGCGGGCCGGGAGUGAUAGGGCCAGCACCAUCUAUCAACAGCUCGAGGACUCGAUGGCGCUCGAGGACUCGCGUAGCCGCAUGGAACGCAAGGCUUUGCCGCAUCGGCCCCGUGCGCCGAGUCAAGCAGACUCGCAUAGCCGCGGUUAUGGACCGCCACAUGCCCCUUAUGACCCGUACGCUCACGGAAACGUAUUCUGA